UCCAAUAGCCUAAUUCUAGUUUAAUUUCAAUUUAAUAAUACUUUCUAAUUACGGUACUAGUUCGUUAUCAGAUGAAUAUCUGGAAAACAAAAAUCUAUUACAUAAGAGAAAAAUGUUCUAAUACGAAUUAAAAAAAAACGAAUGUCAACAAAUAAAUGCCAAAAUUUUCAAGUUUUUAUUUACCUGCUGUUUUGUUUACAUAUCUUAUUCUUGAUAUCGUCAUCAUAUUUUUUUUAUUUUUUUGCGAAGACCAGCUUACAUUUAAGUACAAAAAUGAGAUGUGUUAAAUACCUGUGUGUUAAGAAAUAAUAAUAAUUCUAAAGUUCAAAGAAGUUUAAAUACAAAGUUCGGCGCUUACAAGUUAAAACGUCAAGAUUAAUCGUUUUAAGUAAAUUUAGUAAAGUUUUAUUGUAUGAAAAUUGCUGGACCAUUUAAUAUUAUUUUAAAAAUGUUAUUUCAUAAUGGAAUUAGAAUUAACCGAGCCGGGAUUCUUUUGUUAACACUAAUUGUUAUCACUUUAAUUUAUCUAUGUUUGCCAUCAAACGAAUCAAAUGAGUCUUAUGCGGGAGCUUUAAGAUCUCCUAAUGUGGUUAAUUUGAAAAAAUUAUUAAUGGGAUCUAUUAGUGCUGCACAACGUGGUGGAUAUGAAGUUUUGGCAGUUGCAGAAAGCCGUAAUUUAAACCAAAAAAGUAAAGGUUUGACACAAGAAGGUGCUGAUGAUCCUGUCACUGAUGCUGACGCUAGAUCUCAUUGCGUAAUGAAAAAUGGCCUUGUAAGAUUAUUUUCAAAUAUUGAAAUAAUAUCUGAAGAAGAUCAUGGUCAAACGGAUUGUGGUGAUGAUGUGGCAAAUUUUGAUGUUGAUUUAUCCGUUUUAUCACCCAAUGCUUUAGUACCGGAUGAAAUAGUUUAUACAAAAGAUGUGACAGUAUGGAUCGAUCCAUUAGAUGCCACACAAGAAUAUACAGAAAAGCUGUAUGAAUAUGUUACUACGAUGGUUUGUGUCGCUGUGAAAGGUGUCCCUACAAUUGGUGUUAUACAUAGUCCAUUUAGUGGUAAAACAACGUGGGCGUGGGUAAACAAAGCAGUAUCAGAUGAUAUUGAAGGUAUAAAGAAGGGCGAUAGCUUUAUUGAUAAUCCAAUUGUUACUGUAUCGAGAUCACAUCCAGGUGAUGUACAAGAUCUGUCACAUAAUGUAUUUGGAGAGAACUCAAAAAUUUUAGUUGCAGCUGGUGCUGGUUAUAAAGUUCUUCAAGUAAUAUUUAAUAAUGCUACUGCAUAUCUACAUUCAACACGAAUUAAAAAGUGGGAUAUAUGUGCUGGAAAUGCUAUUUUAAAUGCUUUAGGUGGUAAAAUGACUACAUUAUAUAACGAAGAACUCGAUUAUUCUGAUAAAAAUAGUGCUGUAAAUGAUAAAGGAUUAUUAGCUGCUUUAAGUAAUCAUCACAUAUAUAUUAAAAAACUUAUGGAUUACCAACAAUCUCAUCCAAAUUAAAUUGCUAUAAAAAUAAACUAAAAAUAUUACAUAACAAUACGAAUGCUAUCUUUAGAGACUGUUAUAUUAAUUUAAAUAAAACUUUAAAAUAUAUAU